AGGACUGAACCAGUUCAGAAUGAGAGACAGCAAGGGGUCAGAAGGCUGGGGCCUGGGAGCACAACAGGGUCACUGAUGGAAAGCUAGAAUGAAUCAGGGUACAAAGCAAAACAGGGUGGGGAGAGUGGUGCAUUCUCAGCCCGAAACCCAGGAGGGGCACUCCCAUGGUGGAAUGGUGUGGAGGUUGUUGUGAAGUCAGAGAGGCUGUGUUUGGAGGCCAGAGAACCCUUGAGGCAGAGGCUGGCUUGUCACUUCCUGUGAGCCUUUCUCUCAGGGAGCCUCCUGCUGCUGGGCACCAUGACAGUGAGGGGGGCCGCGCUGGCCCCGGAUCCAGCGUCGCCCACGACCACAGCCGCAUCACCCAGUGUCUCUGCGAUCCCCGAGGGCAGCCCCACCGCCAUGGAGCAACCUGUGUUUCUGAUGACAACUGCUGCUCAGGCCAUCUCUGGCUUCUUUGUUUGGACUGCCUUGCUUAUCACCUGCCACCAGAUCUACAUGCACCUGCGCUGCUACAGCUGUCCCAACGAGCAGCGGUACAUCGUGCGCAUCCUCUUCAUUGUGCCCAUCUACGCCUUUGACUCCUGGCUCAGCCUGCUCUUCUUUACCAACGACCAGUACUACGUGUACUUCGGCACCGUACGCGAUUGCUACGAGGCCUUGGUCAUCUAUAACUUCCUGAGCCUGUGCUACGAGUACCUCGGGGGAGAGAGCUCCAUCAUGGCGGAGAUCAGGGGGAAGCCCAUCGAGUCCAGCUGUAUGUACGGCACGUGCUGCCUCUGGGGAAAAACUUACUCCAUCGGAUUUCUGCGGUUCUGCAAACAGGCCACCCUACAGUUCUGUGUGGUGAAGCCACUCAUGGCAGUCAGCACCGUAAUUCUUCAGGCCUUCGGCAAGUACAGAGAUGGGGACUUUGACGUCACCAGUGGCUACCUCUAUGUGACCAUCAUCUACAACAUCUCUGUCAGUCUGGCCCUCUACGCCCUCUUCCUCUUCUACUUUGCCACCCGGGAGCUGCUCAGCCCCUACAGCCCCGUCCUCAAGUUCUUCAUGGUCAAGUCCGUCAUCUUUCUCUCCUUCUGGCAGGGCAUGCUUCUGGCCAUCCUAGAGAAGUGUGGGGCCAUCCCCAAGAUCCACUCAGCCCGUGUGUCAGUGGGUGAGGGUACUGUGGCAGCUGGCUACCAGGACUUCAUCAUCUGUGUGGAGAUGUUCUUUGCAGCCCUGGCCCUACGGCAUGCCUUCACCUACAAGGUCUAUGCCGACAAGAGGCUGGACGCACAAGGCCGCUGUGCCCCCAUGAAGAGCAUCUCCAGCAGUCUCAAGGAGACCAUGAACCCACAUGACAUCGUGCAGGAUGCCAUCCACAACUUCUCACCUGCCUACCAGCAGUACACACAGCAGUCCACACUGGAGCCCGGGCCUACCUGGCGCGGAAGUGCCCACAGUCUCUCACGCUCCCACAGCCUCAGUGGUGCCCGCGACAAUGAGAAGACUCUCCUGCUCAGCUCUGAUGACGAGUUCUAGGUGUAGGCCGUGGUGGGGAAAGUGCUGGCACCUUGGCCGAUGGCAAGCGGCGCCCACCUCCAGCCUCACAGCCAAGCUAGAGGGAGCUGGCAUAGCUUUGGUGUUGCCCUUUAUUUAUUGGACCAGAAACACAUAUCGCUUCCAGAGGAGCAGCCAGAUGCUGUCUGCCCAGGCUCACCCACGAGGCUUCAGGAAUAUUCUUACAUGGCUGCCCCUACACUGCCCCAACAAGGGACAGAGGGC